CACUUAAUUAUUGCCCACAGUUCGGUAGCGAACCCGAGAGGGGUGACUCCAGCAGGGGCAACUUUUACGCACACGCCAGGAAUCUGGUCUGUACUCGUCAGCAGCCUUCGGCGUGACAGCUGUUCAACUUUAUCAGUGUAUAAUAUCUACAAUCACGUGAUUUAACUAGCGUCGAUUCCUGCUUCAGUUACUACUUAUAAACGUGUCACCCGUCAGGGAUUUUACCACUGAUCAGGUGUGACUAAAGCAGACGGAGACAUCGCUGAAGCAUCAUGAGGCAGCUCAAAGGCAAACCUAAAAAGGAGACAUCUAAAGACAAGAAGGAGCGGAAGCAGGCGAUGCAGGAAGCCCGACAGCAGGUGGCCACCGUGGUGGUUCCUACCCUGGCUGUAGUGGUGCUGCUUAUCAUCCUCUUCGUCUAUGUAGCCACCAGGCCAGGUGCCAUCGAGUGAAUGGUAGAACUAAAACUUCAGGGUGAGAGAACAUAACAGAGGCUGUACCCAAAGAAUGGACCCCCCAUGACACCGCUGUCCUCAAAAUGCUUCAGGCAUCUAUCAGACGUCAUCUCUUCUGCUGAGUGUCUGAACGUGAUUCAGGCUGUUCUUCAGUGCCUUCGUACGUGAAUGAUGAGAUCACUUAUUUAUGACAUAUUCAAAUCUCAAUCAAUAUUCUAUACCAAAGGAUAUGCACAGCUCAACAAGUUUGAUUACACUUGUUAAAAUGUUAACAAAAAACACUGUACUUAAGUGUUAAUGUAAACUUUUCUACUCAGUCAUGUACAACUCGACUUUUGACAAAGUUUCCUCUUAAAUCCAGCAAGAUGUGGAUUUACUGGUGUGAAUGUUCACCCGUUUCUCUUACAGUUCAGCUAAACAGAGAAUGUUCUGUUGUAUCAAGGUGCCUUAACAGAUUAUAAUAAAUUACUUUUUGAAAGAAA